GUCAUGUCAUCUGUCAUUCAUCAAAUUUAGACUGUCAAAAAACAAAACAAAUCACAAACAGCAAAAAAAUUGCCAGUUUUUCGGAAAACUACAAUGAAAUAAGUGAAAAACUUACACUAAUUUACAUAAACAGCGGCUGCUUGUUAAAAUAUGAAAAUGGAAACAUCAAAACGUUCAGCGUCACCUAAUGCUACAAAACUGAAACGUAAAAGAAAGUCCAAAACCAAAUUCACAACUUCGGAACAGAAAAACAUUAAACUGGACACUACAGAGACCAUAGCUACUAUAAAUCCAUUAAAACCUUCGAAAACUGGACCGAAACCAAAGCCGGUGGAAGAAACCAAUGACAAUGAUAAUGAAAAGUAUCCAAUAUUAAAUAACAAGGAACUGAUCGAUAGAUUCCUUAAAGUACAGAUGACUAAUAAUCAGAAAGUGCUUUUAAAUGAAUUAAUGGAGAAAGACUGCAAGCAACUUUUUAUCCGGAUGCGUGGAGUAGGUUGGAUACCGGUGAAACAACAGGCAGAAGGUAGAAUCCGUCAAGCCAUAAGAGAAUCACUUCAAGGUACGUCCAAUGUGGUUGUACCAGAAAUAAUUCACAACAAAAUCCAAUCGAUUCUCAAAGGAUCCCCCAAUCUCACCGACUCAGAACUGAGACGUAUACGCAUAUUAUACAAUCUACUUAAAACCGCAUUAAAAGAAAAAUCCUUGGCCGCUCCGAAAGCAAAGCCGGAAAAGGUAAAGAAAAGUGUUGAAGAAGACACAAAGGCUAAAAAGAUUGAGGAUAAAGAAAAAGAUAGCGUGAAGAAAGAGAAGACGGAGAAAAGAGAGCAGUUGGUUAAGAAAACUAAGGGUCCAAAGAGAUAUGUUGUGUUUUUAGGGAACUUGCCCCUUGAUGUGGAUAAGGAAAAGAUAAUAAACCACUUCUCAGAGAUGAAUGAACACAUCAUAGACAUUCGCAUACCCAAAGCAUUGGAAGGCAAGAAGAAUGCCAUCGCUUAUUUGGAGCUUAGCAAUGAACCUAGCUACGAGUUUGCAUUAUCAAAACACCACUCAAUGCUGGGUAACAAGCGAAUAAAUGUAUUGUACACGGCACCGAAAAAAGGAAAAGUAACAAAAGCAGGUGCUAAGAGCAAAUCAGCCAAACUAAUAGCUCUACAAAAGAAAGGCAAAUUAGUUGGCAGCAUACCGUUAGCGAAAAAACGCAGCCAACGCCGACUCAAAAUGAAGCAAGCUCAAGCGAAAUUAGCGGCAGAAAACGCUUAAAAUUUAAUAAAAAUAUCAACAUUAUACUCUCGUAUUAUAGUACUGUUAUAACGGAAUUAUGAAGAUCAAUAAUUAUCUUAGAAACGCUAUAAUUACUUGUUUCUCAGUAUCUGUGUUACGCAUGGCUCGAUUGAUUAUCGAAAAUAAGAAAGAAAAACGCUCUCGGAAUAAAGCAGUUCGAAAAACGAGUUAAAGGUUUUUUUUCUUUAAAAGUAUUAAAAAGAUGCGGAAAUUUUACAGUUUCGUGUUAAGAGUACUGUAAUACGAAUGAAAAUGUUUAUAUUUUUUUAAUAAGCUUUAAAAAAUGGUAAAAUAAUUUUAAGUGUGCAACGCAUACUUAAAUACAAUAAACCUAAAA